AAGGACCCAUCUUUGUGUACUUCAUCGGUUUUGCCAUGUUUAUUAUAGACAAAUCGAUUUGUCUGAAAAGGCGCCUCAAAAAUAACUUUAAAAAGUAAAGCUUUUUAUUUUGAUAAUAUUUGCAGUGUGAAUGAUAUCUGAUCGGUAGACAAUGACUGGUGAUAAAGAUUCGAGAUCUGACCAAACAUGUUGUUUAGUGGAGAAUGGUGAUCGUUGUAGAAAGCAAUCAGGAAAUGCAAGUUUUAAUUUCCGUGUGCAAAAACUUGUUGAGCAACGCAAAUUGAAAUUUUCACUGGAUUCAAAUGCUAAACACACCUAUAUAUGCGAUUUCCAUAAAAAUAUAAUUCAAAAGGCACGAAAUAAAAGAAAACGAAAGGAAUCUGAAGAUGAAAAUGACAUUAACGAGGUUGAUUUAUCACAGUUACCAGUUGGUACACUACGAAGAUAUAAACGACAUUAUAGGAUACCAACACGACCUGGAAUGAGCAAGUCACAACUAAUCGAGAAUAUUCACAAGCAUUUUAGGACGAUAUCGGUACCCGAGAAGGAAACGAUAACAUAUUUUAUAUAUAUGGUGAAGACACAUAAAAGCAAGUUGGACCAACGACCAGCAGAUACUGUGAUUUAAGUGGAAUGUUGCUGAAUGUCGUUUUAGUAAAUUAAUUUAACGCGAGAAACUUUCACGGAUAUUUCCUCGUUUUGCUUGCAAGGGAUCAAAUGAAUGAACGCGAAUUUGAAAAUUUCGUUUUCUUCUCUCAGAAAGUUUUAACUUAACAUGAAAUUGAGUUUCAUAUUUUUUUUCAUACUAUAACUGUGUCUGAACGUUUGUUUUUAUUUACAGAAAAUAUCACUGGAUUUCAUCAACUAAGAUAUUUAAGUGUUUAAUGUACAUAAUGUAUUUAAAAAACAAAUUAGUCAUACUAA